AGUCGGUCACUCUCUGUUUUCAGAGCUGAAUCGCUGCUUCUGGAAGCUGCAACUCGCUGCAAACGCUGACAAGAUGGAGAACGGCAGCGUGAUGGAGAGGGCCGUCUUCAACCGAGCCGUGGAGAGAAUGAACUCAGGAGGUGAUGAGCAGAGCGACUGUGGAGUGCAGGAGCCCCUGAAGGUGGAGAUGAAAAUCCAAAAGCGUGUGACGGCGACAUCGGUGAGGAUGUGGCGUUUCCUGCUCGUCGCUGCCUUCAUCGUUCCCACCGCGACCGAACUGGUGGAUUCAGUGUCAGACUGUGCUGAGUUUCUGCUUAACAAACGUCCACCACAGAUCCCGGGAAUCUUAGAAGGUGGAACCAUCCAGAACCAGAACCGAUACAAAGUCAUCUGCCAGACUUUUAUGGACCAAAGAAGAUUUCUGACGCUCUACGACAUCAAGAAGAGGAUUCCAGUGUUUUCUGCCUACAAGUACAAAGGGGAACAAGACAAGGGAAGGCCCAAAACACCUUGGAGAACAGAGCCACAGCUUGAAGAAAGAAACGACAACAUGAGAGACGACCAGUACAUCAACCAGGCCAGUAACGCUGAUUAUAAAACAGACAACAAACAACGGUAUAAUAGGGGCCAUUUAUUUCCAGUUUCUCAUGCAUUCAACACAGAUGACAAAAAGUCAACCUUCACCCUGACAAACAUUGUUCCACAAGCAGUCACUUUCAACGGUGGCAGCUGGGAAAAAAUGGAGAGCUGCACCAAAUGUGCCCUACAAGAGUACUGCCAUAUUAAUAAUGGUGACCCUGAAGGCUUUGUAGUGACGGGAGCACGGCCCAGCGAGAGCAACACACUCAACAACAGGGUUAACAUACCUUCCAUGCUCUGGACAGCAUUCUGCUGUCGCAUUCGCAACACAAACAGGUGGUUAGCCAGCGCACACUGGGGCGACAACAUCGCAGAAUAUGGAUCUAAAUAUCUGCAGACGAAGAGUUUGGCACAACUCCAUCAAGAGCUGAGCUCAGUGGGCUCAGCUUUUGAGGCGUUUCCUGGAAAGGAGUGUCCUCUCCACACAAAUGUUGCUGAGUUUCACACAGAAGAUGGUAAGCAAUGCCAAUGCCAUCGCUAGGCUAUAAACACAACUGCCCCUCCCACUACCACAACUACCAGCACUAAUACUACCACAACUGCAACUGGUAAACCUCAAAAUACUACGACUCCACCAACCACAACAGCCACAGUCAAUACAGACACAACCAACACCUCAUCCACUCCGACUACCACAACUACUGCUACCAGUACUACUGCUACUACUACUACCACCACGACUACUACUACUACUACUGCUACUAUUCCUGCAAAGAAACAAGAAACAAAAUAAUGAGGACAAUGGGCAAGAAGGAAAUCAGGAACGACCAGGAGGAAAUGAUGAAGCUCCAUCUGGUAGUUCAGGAGGAAGCGGUGGAGGCAUAGCUGGUAUACUGGGAGGUAUACUGGGAGGUAUACUGGGAGGUAUACUGGGAGAUGUAUCUACAGUUGCUGUCCCGACAAUGACUGAUCCCAAAACUAACACAGACUUCGAGACAUCAACAACUUUUAUUUCUGCAACUAUUAAU